AUGGAAUCCAUCAAGAAGACAACUCGUUGCAGGCCAACCCUCAAGCUUGAUAUUUCGGCCGCUCUCAAGUUGGAAGUAGCGCAGACGCCAAUUAUCAUCAGAGAGUAUCAGAGUCCCAUCCUGUCUCUGGAAUGGGCAAAAAGAGAAUUAUCCAAAAACCCUCUCCCAGAAUAUGUGCCCGACAUGGCGGAACGGCAUGGGAGAUCACGAGACCAACUUCAGCAUUCGGGUGAUGCGGGAUGCCAUGACUACCUUCAUUGGGCUUUGCACCAUCCUGGCAAGCAACCACUCAACUCAUGGGAUUUGUGCAAUUGUGACCACGGCAAUAGCGAGAUUGACUCGGUCGAGUCUGAGCCCAUGACCGAGAAUGAACUCGCCCAGAGACGGCUCAGACUUCAGGAGACCCUCGCGGAUUUGGAAGCCUUUACACCAAGUCCGAUGACCGUCCAACUACAGUUUGAAGAGUUGAAUGGGGAUAUCACAGAGGCCAUAGAUGAGGACCUCUCCGAUUUCCCAUUUGUGAUAGAACACAUGAACAGCGGCGACAGCUCUAUCCAAGAUCCGAACGAGGGCCAAACGUAUGAGGAUGCAAUAGAAGAUGUUGAAUUCCUGAAUGACUUGCAGAUUGAUCUGGACAACGCCCCUUUUGUUUCAGAAACUGGUCAAGAAGUUCAGACAAACGAUAAUAAUACCACUGCGGCUGAACAACCCGAGCUUGGUCAUCGUACUUUGGAUUCGCUUAUUGCACCACCAUUCCGUGUGAGCUUGGCCGGGCUUGCUGGAACGCAUUCUUCUCUGUGGGGAGAAUCUAGUGGUGAAAGCUGUGCGAAUUCUUCUGACAAUGAUUCUGAGCAAUUUUCCUCUUCUUCGCGGCACAAGGGUGUGUUCAUUCCAGCUUGGUUGUGGUGUGUCUUGUGGUCAACUCUCAUCGGUUUUCUCAUAGGCUUCUUCAUUAUGAUGAGUCUGUUCAUUGCGUACAGGAAUGAGGGCAUGCUUGACGUUGGAAAAGCUGCUCCUUGUAGUACGCCCCGGCCAUGCGAAUGUGAUGUCUCUCCCGAACCCUACCAUGGUGGACAUGGCAUGGACCACCAAGCGAUGGCUGCCCACCAGAUUUGA